GGCUGUCACAGUUAACACACGUCAGUGACAAUCCGGUUCAGCUAUCACCAUGGCAGAAAUUGGGCUUUUGAGACAUCUGUUGUUUCUACUGUUAUGCAUUCGGACCACUCUCUGUGGAUCCAUAAACAUGAAGGGCUCUGGAGAGUAUUCCGUCCUGGGGAGAGAGUUCACGUUUACCUGCGAGGUUGUCAAUGCGAGAGUCACGGGGUUAAUUACGUUCUUGAAACGUGAUAACCUUUCAUUUCGAUCUGUCUGUGGUGUAGCAGUAGACACAGGGCAACAGAUAACGGGGAAUAACAGGACCCAAUGUUCAGAUGAAGACGGACAACGACACAGGUACACAUUGACCAUCAGGGAUGUUUCUCGGGAUGAUUCUACUGUUUGGCAGUGCCAGGGAGGAGGGAUGAGGAGCAACACGGUUACUUUGGAUGUGCGAUCUGCUCCUAGUAUAGAAUACUUUGGUGUCACGUCUGGGGACAGAACCGUGAGUGUGACGGAACACGACAACGUGACACUGCAGUGUAACAUCAGCAGUAAUCCGGCUUCUACCAUAGAGAUCAGGAACAAGACCUCCAGCAUAGGAAGAAGGAAGUUCAGCAACUAUAACCCAGUGCGGAGUUACAAACAAACAAUGAAAGCGAUGCUACUGGAUGUGUCCUGCCAGGAAGGGGGAGAAUACACCUGCUCGGCCGGGAACUUGAUCGGAAAAGCUGCCCAACAGACUGUGUUAUUACAAGUCACUUGUGCCCCAAGGCGAUAUUCAUCUUCAUCUGACAAUCUGGUGUUUGCUUCAAAUCUGCACGAAAACGCAACGCUAAGUUUGACCGUCAUAGCCUUCCCACCGCCAACCUUCAAGUGGAGGAAAAGGCCAGACUCGAGACCAAUCAAUACCACAAGGGUCAACACUGAGGGCGUCCUUGUGACAGGAAGUGUCACCAUUUUGGAUGUCAAGGAAGACGACUUUUUGAACUACACUGUCAACGUGGAAAACACCGAAGGCCAAUUGGAAGUGAAGAUAGCUCUGGUUUCCAAAUCCAAGCCAAACAUACCAAGCAGCCUGAAAGCGACAAGCACCUGCCCACGUUCGGUAACACUGCAGUGGGAGAAAGCUUUCAAUGGUGGCGCCACACAGAGUUUCAACAUACAGUACAGAGAACCUGGUGGGCAAUGGAUCACGCAUCCAACCAGGCCGAGUGAAGACGAUGCCCUUCAACUGGAAAUUGAUGACCUCGAACCUGGAACACUGUACCAAAUUCGGAUGAAUGCUCUGAAUGAUUAUGGCUCAAACAGCUACACCUCCAUCACAGUGACCACAGAUACGGCUACCACUUCAUGUGUGCCCGUCUACGUUGUGGUCAUCGCGUGUGUGGCGUCAGUGCUCCUCACAACGGCUGUGCACAUUGUUGUGUUGUGCACAAAGGCCAAGUGUCAAUCCCAAACCUUGACAAGCGCGGAAGCUGAGGGUGACAAUGAAACUACCAGAGAAGAUGAGAACAAGGGGAAGGAUCUAUAUACCUCACUGAUCCCUGUCAAGGAUGCGUAUGAAAACAUUAACAUCGACAACCAACCACGACCUUCAACGUCAACACCGGCAGCAUCAACAGAGUCGCCGUCGUCUGAUCCUUAUUACUCAGUCAUUAAAGAUACCACCCUCUGAUACACGUCACGCGCAGACCAGACUCUUUUCAUGGCGUCAUUGGUAGCACUGUACACUACUUCCUAUAUUGUGUCCAAGACAUAUGUACUCGUAAUAGACCCUUCUAACUUUCCAUAAUCACACGCAGUACAUCUGUUCACCAGACUGUGCAUGCAUCUUAAAUCUUCCCAGUUAUUAACAUAUUUUAUGUUUUUUGGUCCUUAAUGUAACCAACCACGACCUUCAACGUCAACACCGGCAGCAUCAACAGAGUCACCGUCGUCUGAUCCAUAUUGCUCAGUCAUUAAAGAUAUCACCGUGUGAUUCAGACCAGAUUCUGUGUUGUCAUCAGCUUAUCAUGGCGUCACUGGUAGCACUGUACACUACAGACUCUGUGUUGUCACCAGCUUAUCAUGGCGUCACUGGUAGCACUGUACACAACAGACUCUGUGUUGUCAUUAGCUUAUCAUGGCGUCACUGGUAGCACUGUACACUACAGACUCUGUGUUGUCACCAGCUUAUCAUGGCGUCAUUGGUAGCACUGUACACAACAGACUCUGUGUUGUCAUCAGCUUAUCAUGGCGUCACUGGUAGCACUGUACACUACAGACUCUGUGUUGUCAUCAGCUUAUCAUGGCGUCAUUGGUAGCACUGUACACUACAGACUCUGUGUUGUCAUCAGCUUAACAUGGCGUCAUUGGUAGCACUGUACACUACAGAUUCUGUGUUGUCACCAGCUUAUCAUGGCGUCACUGGUAGCACUGUACACAACAGACUCUGUGUUGUCACCAGCUUAUCAUGGCGUCAUUGGUAGCACUGUACACUACAGACUCUGUGUUGUCAUCAGCUUAUCAUGGCGCCAUUGGUAGCACUGUACACAACAGACUCUGUGUUGUCAUCAGCUUAUCAUGGCGUCACUGGUAGCACUGUACACUACAGACUCUGUGUUGUCACCAGCUUAUCAUGGCGUCAUUGGUAGCACUGUACACAACAGACUCUGUGCUGUCACCAGCUUAUCAUGGCGUCAUUGGUAGCCCUGUACACUACAGACUUUGUGUUGUCACCAGCUUAUCAUGGCGUCAUUGGUAGCACUGUACACUACAGACUCUGUGUUGUCACUAGCUUAUCAUGGAGUCAUUGGUAGCACUGUACACAACAGACUCUGUGUUGUCACCAGCUUAUCAUGGCGUCAUUGGUAGCACAGUACACAACAGACUCUGUGUUGUCACCAGCUUAUCAUGGCGUCAUUGGUAGCACUGUACACAACAGACUCUGUGCUGACACCAGCUUAUCAUGGCGUCAUUGGUAGCACUGUACACAACAGACUCUGUGUUGUCACCAGAUUAUCAUGGCGUCAUUGGUAGCACUGUACAAAACAGACUAUGUGUUGUCACCAGCUUAUCAUGGCGUCUUUGGUAGCACUGUACACAACAGACUCUGUGCUGUCACCAGCUUAUCAUGGCGCCAUUGGUAGCACUGUACACUACAGACUCUGUGUUGUCACCAGCUUAUCAUGGCGUCUUUGGUAGCCCUGAACACUACUUCCUCUUUUGUGUCCCAGACAUAUGUACUCGUAAUAGACCAUUCUAACUUUCCAUAAUCACACACAGUACAUCUGUACACUAAACUGUGCAUGCAUCUUCAAUCUUCUGAGUUAUUAACCUAUUUUAUGUUUUUUGUCAUGUCCUUAAUGUACAGCUUUUGUAUUUGACAAGCUUCAUUCAAAGCUUCUAUAGGAACACGGAAGGCCCAGUCGUCUAAUUCGCCGCGUUUCGCUGUGCAGAGUUGCGUCCCUUGGGCACGCCAGAAACCUAUGUUUGUGGGUUCGAAUCCCGGUUCGACCCGAUUAUGUUUCUAGGUUUGUCCGCACC